AUGGCUUAAAAGACUCUCUUUCCACUCUGUGUUGUGCUUUGUUGUCUCAACGCGGCCUUCGGUGUCAAUAUUAUCCCCAAAUCACAAUGGGGCGGCCGUACUGCUACUAGCAAAACCAACUUGGCCAAUAGCUUAGCCUACACCGUCAUACAUCACACUGCUGGUAACUAUUGUUCCACUCAAAGUGCGUGCUUUAAAGAAUUGCGCAGCAUGCAAAACUAUCACAUGGACACCUUGGGCUGGGCUGAUAUUGGUUAUAAUUUUCUGAUCGGCGGUGAUGGUCAAGUGUAUGAGGGUCGUGGCUGGAAUUCGGUGGGUGCACAUGCCACCAACUGGAACUCAAAGUCUAUUGGCAUCUCAUUCAUGGGCAACUACAACAACGUUCAACCCACUGCUGCUCAGAUCUCUGCCGCCAAGAAUUUGCUUGCUGAUGCUGUAUCACGUGGACAGCUGAAAGCUGGCUAUAUUCUAUAUGGGCAUCGCCAAGUUGGCACCACAGAGUGUCCUGGCACUAACUUGUAUGCUCAAAUUAAAACUUGGUCCAAUUGGCGCGCUUAG